AUGGAUUAUCUUAAGGACAAGAAGAAAUUCAAUGCUCUUGCUAAAGAUGUAUUUGAUGCAAUAGAUGAAAACUGUAUAAAUUUUUGAUUCUAUAAAAAGAAAAUGGUUACAUCGAAUUUCAAGAGAUGAAGAGAGCUGUUCUUGAAAUGUAUUAAAAUGUAGAUGUCAAGGUAAUGAUAAAAUCUAUUUACAGUAAAUGACAGAUAAAUAGCUGGAUGAUAUGAUAAGUCAAUUCGAUUAAGAUGAGAAUUAAACAUUGAGUUAAAAUGAAUUAGCCACUUUUUUAAGAUAAGUAUUAGAAAAAAGCGUAAAAUUAUAAAAAGAAGAAGAAGGUAUGAUAAGUAGAAAUAAAUUUUAGAGAAAAAGAAAUAAAAAAAGGAUGAUAAAAAUGAAUGUAAAAAAUUUAGUAAAACAAUUAGCAACAACAUUUCGAUCAAAAAAAAUAACAACAAGAGAGAGAGAAUUAUAAAAAUAAGAGUUGAAUCAAUUAAAAUAAGAACUUAAAAAUUUAAAAACAUAAGAUAAGAAGUCGUAACCGUUACAAAAUUAGAAAUUAGUAAACUUUUAUGUCAAGUAUGAAAUGAAAUUAUUUAAUCAGCCCAACAGCAAGAGAUGAAGAAGUUAAAGAGAAAUAAUAAAUGUUUGAUGCUUCUAGCAAUAAUCUAUCAAAUAAUCUAUCAAUAACAUCUUCUUUAUCUUCAAAAUCAAAUAAAUCCUUAAAUCCUUUGGUAAUAAAUCAAUAUUUAAGAUAAGGAUUCGUAAAAUCUGCAGGUAAAUUUAACUUUAAUAAGUAGAGGACAUUAUAUAAAUGUCAUAAAAUUCAAAAACUAAUCAUUUGAUUGGUAUGGCAGUAAAAAGAAUAAGUGCUGGAGAAUGGUAAGGAUUGAUAGAUUAUUUUAAUGAAUAAACUGAUAAAGAAUUUGAUAGAACACCAAGCAGUUAAUAAUUUCAUAUUAUAAGUAAUAAACUAUCUAAAAAUGUGAAAUUCUUACUUAUUCAUAUAUAAGGUCUGAAAUUCAAUAAUGCAAAAGAUUUAAGAAUAAAUGAUAUAUCUGAUUUAUAAAAAGCUUUAUUUUUUUGGGAAAUAAAAUACAAUGAAUAGACUUAUUUUAAAAAUUCAGCAAAAGAAUUUCCAAAUUAGAAAAAUGAAUGUCUGGAUUCAAUUUUAAUUUAUAAUUAUACAGAUCCAAUAGAAGUGAUAUUUUGGAAGAAAUAAGGAAAAGAUUCAAUCUAUGUAGGUUAAUUUGAUAUAACUCCAAAUAUAUUUUAAUUAAUGAGAAGGGUUGUAGAUGAGCCAAUAAAAGGAGAAUUGGAGAAUGAAGAAACAAAAUAUAAAUUAAAUCUAAAUAAAAUAAAUAAAUCAUUAAGGAGAUUGGAAGUUCCAGAAGUUAAACUUUAUCGUAAGAAGCGAAUAAAUUAUUCUAAAAAUUAUUAAGAAGAUCCUCCUUUAAUAGGAGAUAUUACAGUUAAAUUUUAAAUGUUUGAAAUAUUUGAAUAUGAUGCUCCUCAAAGUAAAAAUGUAUAAUAUAAUAAAAGAUUAAUUAUCAAAUGUAAUUGGAUCACCUCGAAGUUUAACAGAGAGAUAAAGAAGAAAUUUAGUAGAAUAAUCAAAAUAUGGUUCUUAUAAAUGGCCAGAUGAUUAAUAAAAUAAAGCUUUAGUUGUUUCUAUAAAUGAAGCAAGCAUUGAAUUGGCUAUCGUAAAUGAAGAAGAUGUUUAAUCCUUUUUAGAUGGUCAAUUAGGUGCUUUAAUAAAAGAAACAUUUUAUUUUAAUACUGAGGGAUCAGGUUCUAGAAAAACUAUUCGUGCAAAAAGACCUUAACUUUCUGAAAAUACGUUGGCAUUAUUAAAAUCAUUAGAUGAACAUCCUUUAGUUGUGCAAGUUAAUAUUCUUAGAUAAACAAUUAGAUAAGGCAGACUACCAAAAAAAGUAUUGGAAGAGGCUCUAAUUCAAUUUGGUUGUUCAGGAUCAUAAUUAUUUAUUGAUCAUAUUGAUGAUAUGGGUAUGUGUGAAUAUGAUUAUUGUUUGGAUGAUGCAAAUUAUUCUCUUAUUAUUGAUACUAUUUAGGAUAUGGGAUUUUCUAAUCCAGAAAACAUUUAAUAAGCUGAUAGUUUUGCUGAAAAAUUAAUUUCAAAUAUUAAGAGUGUAUUAAUUGAAGGAAAAAGAGUUGAACCACUUUUUGAAUUUUUAAAAGUUGCUGAAAAAAUACCAGAUUUUGCAAUUACUAUUAAUUUAAUUUCUGAUUAAUUUUAACAUGGAUUAGGUUCAAAAACAAAUAAAGAUAAUAAUAUUGAAAUUGAUCCUGGAUCUUUUAUUUCUUAUUUUGAUAUCAAUAGUAGAGAUUUUGAAAAGAUGGAGAACUAUGAACACAUUAUGGUUUUAGGGAAAUUAGUAAGAUUAGCUAAAAAACAUUUAAAAAAAGAUGAUCCAUUUUUAAAUCACAUCUAAUCAAAUUAUGAAGAAGCUAAAACUAGGAUUUAUUUUACAGUCCCUGUUUUACCUAAGAAAAAAAAAUUAAAAGAAAAAGCAAAAUUAUUAAUUUUAUAAUCUGAUAAUGUUUCAAUAGAUUUAUUAGGGGAUAUAGGUAUAGAUAAGAAUGCUUCACUUUCUGAAAUUAAAUAAAAAUUUAUUGAGAAAAAGAAAUAAAUAUAAAAAGAUGAAGAAAAUGUUUAAUCUGAAGAAGAUUAAGUUCCAGAAUUAAAAAAGCCAUGUUUAUGGAAUAUUUGUCAUGAAUUAGUUAGAAGACAAAGAUGGAAGAUGUUUUAUGAAGGAUUUGAAGCUGCCCCAGAAUUCUACUAUUAAUAAGGAGGAACUGGAAAUACACCAUUAAUGGAUUUUUUUGAGAAAGCACCUUUUAGUGUAAUAAAUUAAACUAUUAUUCAAUAUCAUCCUAAUAACCCUAAUGAAGAUAAUAAAGAAAUACCUAAAUUAGAUCCUUAGAAGAUUUUCGAUAUGACAACUUCUAAAGGAAAAAGUUUUAUACAUGCUUUAGCAUUAAAUAAUGAUCCUAAUCCUUAGGGAUAAAUUCUUGCUAUGAAAUCUAUACUUGGAUUAUUUGAAUAAGAUUAAUAAGAUUAAUUGUUAGUUAAUCCAAUGAAACCACAUGAUGCUACUCCUCUUGUUUUAUAUAUUAAUAAAUUAUCAAACUUUUAUUAAAUUAGAUAAGAAGAAGAAUCAUCAGUUAAAGAAAUCUUGAGAAUCUUAAAAACACCAUUAAAAAAAGAUUUUAAUUAAUCAUUGUUUAGAGCUAAAUGCUUUUUUAAAGUUUACAAUAUUGGAUUAGAAGAAGAUGAUGUUAAUGAUUAUUAUUAUAAUCACACACAAUUAUCAAAAGCUAUGGCAUAACUAUAACCUGCAAUUUUUAAAUUAGUAAUUGAAGAAAUUGAUUGGAUUUCAUGGUUCUCUCUAAAUAUUGAAAAUAAUAACUUUUUAAAUUAAGAAAUCUCUUUUGCUAUAUAUAAUCUAGCUAGAUAAGGAAAAACAGAAUAUUUAGAAUAAACUCUAGAUGAUUUAAAAAAAACAUAAAAUAGUUUAAUAUGUUUAAUUAAUCCUGAUUAAGAUUUUAUAAUCUCUUAAAAUCAAAAUCAAGAAGAAUUUAUUUCUAAUGAAAAUAAUUAAAUUACAAUCUUUAAUCAAGAUCAAACUAAAACAAUCAAAUUUGAUUAAGAUGAAAUGUUAAAAGCAUUGGCAUAAUUUUAUAUUAAAUAUCCUUUAGAAGCCUUGAUUGGUAUAUAAAAAAUAUUAAAUGAACAAUAAUUUACAAGUCCUCAAUUAAAAAAAUUAUUAAAGGAAAUAAUUUAACAAACAAUAAAAAUGGAGCCUAGAAUUCUUGCAAAAUAAUUUUAUAUGAAAUAAAAAGCACCCUAUACAGAUUUGGAAAAAUUAGGAAUGGAAGAAGAUAUAAAAAAGAUUCUUAAUCCUGAUUAGAUCUAAGCAUUUAAAGAAAAGUCAAGUAAUUUUGCAAAAAAUUUUUUUGAAGAUGGUUUGUCAGGAGCAUUAAAAAAUAAAGAAGAUGCUUUAAAAUUAGAUUAUGAAAGUUAGAAGGAAUUCUUUAAAUAUACCUCUAAAUUAAUGACUGAAAAAGGUUUAGAUGAUUUGCUUAAGUUCAUUAAUAAGUUAGAGUCAGACAAAAUUGAUGGAAGAGAAGAAAUAACUAAUAAACUUCUAAAUUAAAUAGUAAGAUCACUGCCAAAUAAUUUCGCAAAAAAUUAAUAUCCGAAAAUAUUUAAAACUUUGAGAUAAAAUAAAAAUAACUCAUCUUAAGAAUAAGAAAAAAAUAAAUUCUAUUAAAAGAAUAAAGAAAAAUUUGAUCUUAUUGAUUAAGCUAAAAAGAUUAAUAAUUACUAAAUGAAAUAAGUAUUAAAUGCUGCACUUUAUUCCAACAAUUAAUAGUUAAUUAACAAUUGUUUAUUACAUUUAUGGAACAAAUCGCAUUAAAAUGUAAAAUUGAGAAUUUAGAGUGUACUUAGACCUUUAUAUUAAAAAUAUGGAUAAUAUUAUAGAGCUCUUAGUUAACAUCCAGCAGUCGUUUUAAAUUAACAAGAUUUUAAUAAAUAUAUGGAUGAUACUAAAGAUGUUGCAACUUUAGAAGAUUUUGAAAUAGCUGCCAAAGCUUUAGUAAAACUUGGAUUGCCUGAAAGAUUACCAAUAUUCUUAAAGAAGUUAGCAGCUAAGAAACCAGAAUUGAUAUUUAAUUUAUUAGAAGAUAUUGCUUUAAAUCUUUUAGAAAAAGAACUUCUCAGCACUCCUGUUAAUCCUAUAAAACCAAUUGAAGGCUAAAUUCCUAAGGUUCAGCCUUAAUUUAUUAUUCCUACUAAAAGAUAAAUAAUUCUAAGUUAAUAUAAUUUAUUCGAUGCUGGAGCCAUGGGUUGUCUCCUUUCAAAUGCUAAAAAAUUAUUAGAGAAAUCAGCAAAUCUGCCUAAAAGUUGGGAUACUUAUAAUCAUAAUUUAAAUAAAUAAGCAUUUUAAUAACAAUACCAAUAGAAAUUAAGAUAGAAUUUUUUUACUUAGAAUCCUGGAACUAUGUUUAAUAAUUGGAGUAAUCCUAAUUCAGAUAUAUAAAAAACUGUUGAAACAAUAUUAGAGGCAUUAUAAGAUUCUUUAGAUACUUUAUUAUCAAAAAAACCAGAUUUAAAAGACAAAUUAGAAAAAAUAUCUUUAUUGCCUUUAAUAUCAAAUAAUAUUUCAAUAAUUGAUAAAUUAAAUAAAAAAGAAGAGAGAAUAUUCACAGCUAUUGAGAAUAUUAUUUUGUAGAAUCUAAAAUAGAAGGCAUCCAAUUUAGAAUUGAAGAGAAUCGAAAAAAGGAUUAAAGGAAAUCUUUAAUUUUUGGAAUAGAAUUUUACACCUAAUCUAAAAACUGUGAUGGAAACAGAAAAGAAACGUUCUUUAAGAAUACUUAGAGCUUUAGAUUACACUUUAAAAAAGGAACAGCAAUAAUUAUAAAUAUAAUUUGCAACAGAUGUUGUCUUAAUUAUAGUUAAGAACUUUGUUCCUGAUGACUUUUCAGGAAUAAUAGAUACAAAUUCAGAAUAAAUUUUUAGUAAAAUUAUUUUUUAUAAUUAGAUGCACUUGCUGUUGCAUUAAUGAGAUGUAAAUCAAUAGAUCCAAAAGCAUUAGAGUUUAUGGGAUCUCAACUCAAUAAAUAUCAAUUCUAUGAUUUAGUUAGUAGUUUGGAAUUAGGAGAAUAACAAGAAUAACAAGAAUAAUAAAAAUAACAAGAAUAAAAGAAGAAUUAAAUAAAAAUUAAAGAAUCUAGGAUAUUUAGAAGCAUAGAGGCUUAUCCUUAAAAAAGUAUACAUCUAAAUUAUUAUUAAUAGCUGAAAUUGAACUGGCAGAAAGAUUGGUUGUACCAUCUUAGAAUAACAUUCCAUACUUUAUAAAAUUAUUAAAAGCCAAAGUUAAACCUUUCUUUAAAACAUAUACCAAGGAAAAAAACUUUGUUGAUGGAAAAGCAUUUGGGUUAAAUGAUUUGAAAAAUCUUAGUUUAUUCGAAUAUUUAAUAGUGAAAUGUCAUUAUACAUUAAUUUCAAGUAAAAUAAUAAUUUAUUAUAUUUUAGAACAUUAUAUAAAUGUAUUCAAACCUAAAAAUCCUUUAUAAGAAGAUUAAGUUAUUAAAUAUUUAUGCUUAGCAUCAAGUUGUGGAAGUUAUACACUUUUUGAUCUAAUUACAGAAUAAAUUCUCAAUUUAAAAUUCCCUCAAUUAUAUAAAGAUUAUGAAAAGUUUCCAUAAUUUUAGAUAUAUUUAAAUUAGCCUGUCUUUUAUUAAGUAUUGAUGUAUGCUUCGGAAUAAUCAUCAACAAUGUUUUUUGAGAAUAUAAUUGUAGAUGGUGUCACUUUAGAUUCAUUUUAUAGAUGGAUGAAAUUCAACAUAGAAGAAGAUGAAGAUACAUAAAACAUUUCAAAUUAUAAUUGUUUUGUACCAAUAAUACUUAAAAAAUAUGGAUAAUUACUUUAUCUAAUUAUUUAAUUCUUAAGAAAAAUAAUAAAAAAGGAUUAGGAUUACUAUGCUAAUCUAGGUUAAAUAAUGAAUAAUAGGAAUUUUUCUGAAUCAAUAAUUUCAGAUCCAGAUGAUGAGAAUGAGAAUGAAAGAUUAUCUUUAUUGGAAUUUUCAAUUUAUUAAGGCUUUCCAGAUUUUUGUAUGUUGUUCGAGAAAAAUAUCAAAUUGUAUAGAAAUCCAUUAGAAGGAAAAAUCUAUUAAAUCUUACAAGUUCGUAUUGGAAAAUGUUCAGCAGAAUUAUAAUAAGAAGAUUCAGUCUUGAUUAAUUAUUGCAAGAAGUAUGAAAAAGAUUAAAAAAAUUAUCGUGUGAGUCAUUAUUAAGUUUAUUUGGUCUCCAAAAAAUAUUUUUAAUCAGAUAAAAAAAAAUUAGAAUCUUUAUAGUCUAGUGUGAUGUUGUUUAAAAUCAUGUUAUAGUAUAAACCAUAAAUAUGCUUAUUAUUGAAUGUAAGGAAUGGGUAAGAUCUUAUUGAAGAAAUUGAUAACCUUUCAAUUGAAAAAUAAUUAUUUUAUGAAUAAUUUUUUUAUCUUCACAUGAUUGGAUUUGAUAAGAUAUUGAAAUAUUAAUUAAGUAUAAGUGAUUAUGUGAGACAAUUUCAUUCUAAAUAAAAACUCUUUUGGGUUUAGUUAGAUGUAAUAGAAGCUUUUAAAACUUAUUUUAAAUUUGAUUUUAAAAAAGAAUUGAGAAUGAUGAAUUAAUUUGAUCCAGAAUAAAUAUCUUCAAAGUUAGAUCAAUUUACUUCAGAAGUCAUGCUAUAUAUUGUCUAUAAUUAACCUAAAAUCUUUGAAAUAGAAUAGGAAAGACCAUUAAAAGAGUUUUUUUUUAAUAAAUAUAUGCUACCAAUAAUUCGUCAUUUGUCAACAUAAGAUAUCAUCCAACCUAUUGAUUCUAAAGGAAUUAAAAAAAAGGAAUUAGAAGAAAUGAUUGAAAAACAGUAGUCGUAUUACGAUAACAUUAUGAAAUAGCUCUUAAUUGAAGAUGUAGAAUUAAAUUAUCAAUAUGCAGCCAUUUUAGUAUUUUAUAUUUCAACAUGCAAUGAUUAAAUUAAUUAUCUUGGUGAAGGAGAUACAAGUACUUAUAAAAUUAAUCCAAUAUUACUCUAAUAAUUAGAAAAACUAUCUAUCAAAGAUUUAGAUUGUUAUAUUAUUUCACUAAUAUAAUAGAUGAGAAAUAAUGAAUUAUAUGAAAUUGCCAUUCAAUGGACUUAAUAAUCAAAAGCAUCUAUUAACAAGGAUAUUUUCAAAGAGAAAUCUUUUAUAUAAGGAUUAAUUAAUUUUAUCAACAAAAAGAAGAAAUCUGAUAAUUUCAAUUUUAAUUAUUAGUUAAAUGAUUUUUUGAAGUUAUUCUAAUUUGAAUUUGUGAGAACAGAUAAAUUAUUUAAAGAUAAAAUCUAUAGAGGGGUAUUAAUUAAGUUAUUAUUUUUUUUAGUUAUGUGUUCUACAUAUCGCCUUGAACUUUAUUUCAGAAAUGGAAAGUAUCAAAGAUUAUGUAAAUCCAAGUGAUUCAAUGUCUAUCAAUAUUGAAUUAAUGGAAUAAUCAAAAGCUAAAAAUAGUUAGUUAAAGGAGUUGUCUGUGAAAGAAAUAUAUGAAGAUGAAGUUCUUAUAGGAUUCAAUUAUUAAUUAGAAAUGCCAAUGAUCUAUUAAGAAAGAAACAAUAUCAUAAAUCUUUUUUUUAAUUAGAAUACAAUCAAAGAAUUUUAAGAACUUUAAGAAAAGAAAAGAUUUUAUAAUUUUCAAAUUAAUGAAUUCUAAGAAGAACUAAGAUAAUCUUAAUUUAUUUUAAAUUUAUAUUAAGUUUCAAUUGCAAUAAAACCAAAAGAAUUACAAUAUGAUAAUAUUAAAUUCAUUUCUUAGGAACUUAAAAAAAAAUACCCUUUUCAAUUUGGAACCUAAUUUAGCGAACUUGUUCACGAAAUAGAUUUAGAUAAAGAUAUAUUUUUCAGUGAUAAUAAUUCAAAAAUAUCCUAAAGAAAAUAAUUGACAAUUGAUGAUGAAAUUAGUGUGUAAAGUUACUUUGAUGCUAAAACUUAUGAAUACAAUAUUACACUGAAUAUUCUUAUAAUGAAGAAAGAUCAAUUUUUUAGCAAAUGUUCUAGAGAGGCUUAAAUUAAGUUUUUAAUUGUAAUUUAAAUAAAAUAUUUGUUAGGACGAUUUUUAAAGAAAAUAAAAUUAAUUAAAGUAUAUAUAGAAAUUUUAAAACACUGAUGGCCACAAUAUAAAUGAGUACAAGGUAAUGUUGGAGCUAAUUGAAGAAGAAAAAAAUAGGAAAAAAUAAAAAACAUAAUUGGAUGAGGAAGAAUAAGAUUUACUUCAAAAUUAUAAAGAAAAAUACAAAAAUUUUUAAACUCCUCCAUAUUUUGCCUAUGAAUUAGAUUGGCCAAUCUAUAUAGAUUAAAAUUAAGUAGAUAUAGAAAAUAGUAAAGUUUAUGCUGAUGAGUACAAUUUACCCCAAUUUUUAUUCAAGAAACUUAUAUAAAUUAUAGAUGGAGUUUUUUCAGAAAUGGUUUUGGCUGAAAAUGAUAAUAGAAAAUCAUCAAUAAAAACUAUUUUAAAAAGAGAUUAAAGUUAUCUAAUUAAUUAUAUAUCUUUUAUCGAUACUUUAGUAUUGUAAUUUACUAAAAUGUUUGAACUAACAAAAAAAAGUAAAUUGAUGUCAUUGAAUCUUGAGGAUAUCGCUUAUUAAGCAUUGGAUUGGCCAUUCCUAAAAUACAUAAUGAAUAUUAUAAAAAAUAAGAUUGGAAAAAGUAAUUUGCUUUUUGAAAUGAAAGAAUCUUCUAAACCAGAUGUAUUAUAUAAAAUUUUAAUUAUAGAUUUCUAUGACUUUACCUGGUAUGGAUGACUGCGUUUAAUUAUCAUAAACAAAUUAUUUUCUUUAUAAAGGGAUGUUUAUAAUAAGAUUAGGAGUGUUUUACAAUAAAAAAGUUUUAAAAUUAGAAAGAUCUGAUAAUUAAAAUUUAAGAUAUUCCUAAAAUUUCCCUCUAAAUUACAACUUGGAACCAUACGUAAAUUACAUUAUAAAUGAAACUCAAUUAUAGACAGUCUUAAAAAAAGAGCAGGAAUAAUAAAAUUGA